CGGGGAAAAGGAAACUAGGCCAACCCCAACUUCCACCCCAUCUGAGCUAUCCGCACCACCGGCUGCCGUACGUCGGGUCGCCAUGGCUGGCCCAUCCAAUACAAGACCGUCCCCUCAACUACUUCCCUUUCUCCUCCACCGCCAUCAUCCCGCUGCUGGUCGCUGAAGUGUUCGUAUCUCUAGCUCGCUGAGCCGACUUGCUGGCACUGUUGAGGCAGACCUUCUGCUGAGAUCCUCUACCUCUCAACUUCUAUGUCGCUUCCGCACGCCUCACGCAUAUAGAUUCCAGCAUAAUCCGCCGGUAUUCUAAUAAUCCCGGACAGCUUCUAGUUCCCGCAUUAUUCAUCCUCCGCCUUAUCGAAAAUUGGCAGCAUCAGCCUCGCGCUUCUCGCAUCUAUCGAGCACAUCCACCGCUCCGUUCCUGUCCCGAACCUACCUUCCAUCCUUCACCAUGCCCACCGCCUUGUACGCUCCACCGAAGGACAUCCCACAACCAAAUCCAAGGCAGCUGCUGCCACCAGUCCUGGAGCAGCUCUCCGUCCUUGGAACGGCCAAGGGAUGUCCGCCUCCUACAUUCAUGGAACUCUGUUGCAUAGACCUGCGCCAACGGUUACAGUGGCUAUCUAAGGACACUGAGUCGUGGCUCCCACUGCUGUGUCACGACGACAGGAUCGGGUCGAAGCUCCCAGACCUGGUCAACAGCCUCAACCUCUGCCCCCACCCCGCAUCAGGCGAAAUCGAACUCCCGGAUACGGAUCUGACAGUGUACAAGAGGUCGGACUGCGAGACGUUGCAUGCUAGGUUCUUCCUUAACACGCUUGGGCUCAUAGUCGCAUAUCUCUGGGACAACCAGGAAGCGGCCUGGAAGUUUGCCGAGCUCCGGCCCAUCGAGGACGAGAACGACAGCUUCAUGUGGUUCCGCACCAUAGACGAGGCAGACGAGAAGCUCCUGAAGGCGCGAGCUACCGCUCACGGGUACAAUGGCUACUCCACCCCACCACCGGCUGAUACCGUAUCCCAAUCGUCACCAGUGUCGCCGCCCGUGCCAGAGCUCACCCACGCAUCGUCCGAUAAGAACAGCGACGAUGAUGAGGAUGCGUAUUGGGCCCAGUAUAACUUCGCGGGAGAGGAGGAGGCCCCUCGGCAUAGUAUCCAGGAGAAGAACGAUACCGACGACGAGGACGCUUACUGGAGUCGCUACGACGCAACUCCAACGGGAGAUAUCCCGGCGCAUAGGAGGAACAUACCCAGCGACCAGGCGCCAGCCACCGAGAAAGAUUACUUCAAGAGCUACGACGGGGAGUUUUCACCCAUGCUCGUCGGCAACCGCGCUCUGAAAACCCCUACCAGCGGCACUCUGCUCCGCGGCCCCGGUAUUGUGAACGAGAACAUCGGGCCAACGGAACCGGAACGUCGCUCCUCGAACGGGACGAACGACCCAAAUGCUGCCAACAGUUUCAACGGCUUAGGCAUCACCGACGCCCUAAGCCGCCUCAUCAACGCCUCCAACACCACUACCACCACGACCACUGACCUGCCUCCCACCCCUCCGUCCCCUUGCCCGCCCCUCUCUCACCCUCGGGCCUCGUCCCCCUCCAAAUCGCCUUCCAUCCCAGACCUCGAGCGCUCCGCCGAACGCGCCAGCGAAGCGGAGCUGCGGUUCCAGAACUACGAGCGAGUUGCGCAGAAGGCCGUCGAGGUGCAUAUUGGGACGCAGAUCAAGAGUAUGCGGCGGUUGGCCAAGGAGAUGGGCAUGGGGCUGGCCGAGUUCAGGAGGGUUGUGGAGGCGAAUUUGGAGGGGUUGGGCAUGGAGGAGGAGGAGGGGGAGGAGUGAUGCUGCCUGUAGUAAAUUUUGGGGCAUUGAGAGGGCGGGAGUGGUGAGGGUGUAUGGGAGUCGAGAUUGGUGAGAUGAACGAUGUUGUUUGGAUGGUGAUGAGAAGUUUCCUGUUUGCAUAUGCAUUGUUGGCGUCUGUUGGAUAACACUGUUGGUUGCGUUUCGUCCUUCAUGCAUAUUGCUUUCCCAAUGUUCAUUUUAUUGCCAGCCUUUUCAUGUCCGAUUGGAAAUUGACCAUCAACGCAUGCACGGCUUCGGCGAUUCGAUUCAUUUCCGUAGCAAGGAAUUAUCCCUCUUGAUCAGAUACUUUGUUCGAUGCAAAUGAG